UUAGUAUAAGGAAGAAGUGACGGAAGGGAAGGAGCUGCGACUGAUGCUGGUGUAGUACCGCGUAGAGUGGUAGUGAUCGCAACGAAUUCAUGGACACCUGAACGUUGUCUUUAUCGAAAUAACUGAGGGCGUUGCGGAGCAUUUGCUCAUUGUAUAUUCAACAGAAGCAAUGGGAAGGCGUCAUGCUGGACGAGAAUACUAUUUGGGCAUUUUGUUUUGGCUUGGGAUCUGGAUCUCAGGUGUGGCAACAAAAGGAGGGGAAAGCAGUGAUGCUCUUCCAGAGUCCAUUCCUUCUGUCCCAGGAACACUCCCACAAUUUCUUGCAGAACCAAAUGAUGCCUACAUUGUCAAAAGCAACCCCAUUAAGCUCCACUGUCGAGCAAUGCCAGCUAUGCAGAUUUUCUUCAAGUGCAACGGGGAAUGGGUUCACCAAAAUGAGCACAUGUCUGAAGAGAGCAUCGACGAGGGUACUGGACUGAAGAUCCGAGAGGUAAUGAUUAAUGUGUCCAGGCAACAGGUGGAAGAUUUCCAUGGCCCAGAAGACUACUGGUGCCAGUGUGUGGCAUGGAGCCACCUUGGAACCUCCAAGAGCCGCAAAGCCACAGUUCGCAUUGCGUAUUUACGGAAAAACUUUGAGCAAGACCCACAGGGCCGAGAGGUACCUAUUGAGGGGAUGAUUGUGUUGCACUGCCGGCCUCCAGAAGGAGUUCCCAUGGCUGAGGUUGAAUGGUUGAAAAAUGAAGAACCUGUGACUGCCCUCAACGAUGAUAACAUUGACACUCGAGCCAAUCAUAAUCUCAUCAUUAAGCAGGCCCGCUUGUCAGAUUCUGGUAAUUACACCUGCCUAGCCAGCAACAUUGUGGCCAAGCGGAGGAGUGCAUCAGCCACUGUUGUGGUCUAUGUGAAUGGUGGAUGGUCCUUGUGGACUGAGUGGUCUGCCUGUAACGUGAGAUGCGGCCGAGGAUGGCAGAAACGGUCACGGACCUGCACAAAUCCAGCUCCCCUCAAUGGAGGAGCAUUCUGUGAGGGGACGUCUGUGCAGAAGAUCACCUGUUCAUCAGUGUGCCCAGUUGAUGGAAGCUGGGAUGUUUGGAGCGAGUGGUCCCUUUGCAGCCCUGAAUGUGAACGUCAGAGGAGCCGAGAAUGUAAUGCACCUUCACCAAGACAUGGGGGCAAAUUCUGCGAAGGGCCUAGUCAGGAGACGGAAAACUGCACUGAGGGACUGUGCACUCAGAACCGAAAACUCCUGCACAAGGUGAAGCCUCCAACCAUAGACAGUGCCAGUGACGUGGCCCUUUAUGCAGGUCUGGCCGCUGGAGUCAUCGCUGUGGCAGUCUUGGUCAUUGCGGUCACUGUGUAUAGGAAGAGCCAGAGUGAAUACGGUGUGGAUGUCAUUGACUCCUCUGCCCUGACUGGUGGCUUCCAGUCCUUCAACUUCAAAACAGCUCGACAAGGAAAUUCCCUCUUAUUAAACUCAUCCAUGCAGCCUGACCUGACGGUGAGCAGGACAUACAGUGGACCCAUCUGCUUUCAGGAUCCAUUGGACAAGGAAUUGAUGUCUGAAUCCGCCUUAUUUGACCCUCUACCUGACAUUAAAGUCAAAGUUCAAAGUUCAUUCAUGGUGUCCCUCAGUGUGGCAGACAGAGCAGAGUAUCAUGUCAAGGCACAGCCGGACACUUACCCUAGGGGCAUCAGCAGAGACUAUAACACCCUAAACAACAGGAAUAAAAGCCUUUUGCCUCCAGGUCUUUCAAAUGUGACGCUCAAGCCUGAGCUUAGGACUGUGGGAAUUUUUGGCCAUCUUGGAGGACGACUUGUGGUCCCCAAUACUGGUGUUAGUCUGUUAGUACCCCAUGGUGCCAUUAUGGAGGAUACUUCUUGGGAGAUGUACAUGAUCGUCAAUCAACAGGAGUCCAGUGUCCCCACUGAAGGAAGUUCUGAGAUUCUGCUGGGUCCUGAAGCAACCUAUGGUCCCCCAGGUCUGACCCUGUCCAGCCCUUUAGCUUUGACGAUAGCUCACUGCGCAGAGGUCAGCUCAGAGCACUGGAAUAUUCAUCUUCGUCGACAGACCACUGAGGGCAAGUGGGAGGAAGUGAUGUCAACUGAUGAAGAGAGUACUUCCUGUUACUGCCUUACUGACUCUCACUGCUGCCACCUGCUGCUGGAACAGCCUGGCACCUAUGCCCUGAUUGGUGAGCCACUGACUGAGUCUGCAGUGAAGAGGCUAAAACUGGCUAUUUUUGGGAGCAUGUCCUGCAAUGCGCUGGACUACAGUGUGCGGGUCUAUUGUGUGGACGAUACUCCCCACGCCUUUCAGGGAGUUGUAGCAGCUGAAAAGAGCAAAGGGGGUCAACUACUGGAGGAACCAAAGACGCUGCUGUUUAAAGGAAACAGUUUUAACCUCCAGGUGUCUAUCCAAGAUGUUCCACAGUUUCUGUGGAAUAUUAAACCCUUCACAACAUGUCAGGAAUUCCCCUUUUCUGAAGUGUGGUGCAGCAAUCAGAAACCCCUGCACUGUGCCUUUUCUCUGGAGCGCUACAGCCCCUCCACCACACAGCUCUCGUGUAAGAUCAGUGUCCGGCAAGUGAAGGGCCACGAGCAGAUCCUUCAGGUCUAUGCGUCUGUAGUCGAGAAUGAAAAGGAACUUAUUCCAUUCUUCACCCAGGCGGACUGCACUGUGACCUCACAGACAGGGCCCAAGGCCUUCAAAAUCCCAUAUUCCAUCCGACAGAGAAUUUGCGCUACCUUUGACACAGCAAACGCCAAAGGCAAAGACUGGCAGCUGUUAGCAAAGAAGCUCAACAUCGAAAGAAACCUACCAUAUUUUGCCAAACAGAAGAGCCCAUCAGCUGUCAUCCUGAACUUAUGGGAGGCACGCCAUCAGGACAACGGUGAUCUGGACUCAUUGGCAAGUGCACUGGAAGAGAUCGGAAAAAUCCAUGCCAAAAGCCCCAACAGCACUGAAGAUCUGACAGAAGAUUGCAGCUAAGGUGUUUCCAUCCAUGGUGGAAAGAAGAAGAACAAAAUGAGGACGAACAAGCAGAGAUUUGCUGUCUGUUAACUUCUGCUACAUCCAGGUCUAGCUGCAGUAGACGAAGAGAGGGAAAGAAACAACACUUGAGAGGUUGAAGGUGGAAAAAGGAAGUGGUGGCAGCUGGCUGGUUUGUGGCCAGGGCAGUCUGGCAGGAUCCUAGCUACCGGACAGACUGACUGUGGCACUCCGUGAGACAGAGAAAGGACUAACAAUGUUUUCUCAUUUCAACUCCUGUCUCUGGGGUCCAAAGUUGAGGCCUCAGUACUCGGGAAAGCUUUUCUUUUACUGACUUCACAUCUUUUGUUUUCAUUUUUUUCUUUCUUAUAAGGGACAGCUACUUCCUUCUACUAAGCUUCAGUCAUAUUUUAAGUAUUAGUAUGAACAGGUAUUUCCUGUGUUUAAUGUCGCAGUCACCAAGACAAGUGUUCCUUUAAUGCUAUUUUGCUGCCAGUUAAGGACGUCAAUUCAUAUGGCCUUGUAGAAUGGCCUGUCAGAUACUAAUCUACCCUUUAAGCUCCACACCCUUGGAAUUUGAAAAUCUUUAUCGGUGACAUUUACAGACAACAACCAAGAUUUCAGGUGUUACAUCUCCUGCCAGGAGCAAAUGACUGAAAAUGACAAAUUAAGAAUAAAGAAUCAUAUUGGACUGUU